UUCUGAAUGUCUGUACUGUGUGUGAUGCCUCUCUUAUGUAAUUGUCAGAAUCCAGACUACCAUGGCUUCUCCCGGGACCCCGUGGUGGAUGAGUGGAACAUGAGAGUGGGCUUCUUCUUCGGCAUCUCAGUGGCUCUUGUUAUUGGAGGAGCAUUCAUCCACUAUUUACCAGACCAUGGCAUGCGGGAGUGGGCCAGGAGGGAGGCGGAGCGUGUGGUCUUGCAGAGAGAGCAGGAGGGUGUUCCUCUGUUAAGCGAGUACUACUUCGACCCAGAAAAGAUUGUUCUCCCCAGCUCUGGAGAGCAGUAGGAUCAAACAUCCUCCUCCUGUAUUUCAUGAUUAAUGUAUUUCACUGAGAGAAUAAAUGAUUCUGUAUGUAACUGUU